GGUUUCGUUCAAAUGAGCAAAUCCGGGAAAGAGCAUUUUUGCGCGGUGCAAAAUUAGUCUCUUUCUCGGGUUUCUGAUUCCUCCAUCGCCGCUAAUUAGUAAGUAGUAAGUACCCUUCCGUGCCGCUUCACUCCGCCGUUCCAUCUCCGGCCGUGGCAAGCAGAGGUGAAACGAAGAGGAGGAGCCGGACAAGAACGAAGUUUCAUCGGUUCAGCUACCACUUCGCCGAAAGUUUCCGAUUCUAAUAAAACCUAUUAUAUGGGUUCGGGAGCAGUUGUAACAGCUUCAGCUGUAUCAGUUGAGAAAAAGAAAUCGAAGAAGAAACGAGCAGCGUCUCACUUGGAUGAUCGUGCGACUUCAGAUCAUAAUGAAGCUGUGGAUGGAGUCCUUGUUGAAGAUGAUGAUUCACUUGAGCCAACAAUAGGUGAGAAACUUGAGAGUUUAGAGUUAAAAGAGGGUGCAACCAAGGGUGGGGAGGACCAAGAAUUGGUACCUGGUGAAAAACCUCCAAGUGCUGAUUCUGUCAACAUUCUGCUUAAGCAAGCACUUCACGCUGAUGACCGCUCACUUCUCCUAGAUUGCUUAUAUACACAAGAUGAGAAGGUUAUUGCAAAAUCAAUCUCCACUUUGAGUAUGGCGGACGUCCUCGAGCUGUUACACUCUCUUGUAACUAUAAUCGAAGCCAGGGGCGCAGUUGUUGCUUGCGCUAUUCCAUGGUUGAGAAGCUUACUUCUUCAGCAUGCAAGUGGAAUAAUGUCUCAGGAGUCCUCGUUUCGGUCUCUCAACUCUUUGAACCAGGUGAUUGAUUCACGAGUGUCAACCUUCCAGUCGGCUCUUCAGUUGUCAAGUCACAUAGACUCAUUAUAUGCAGGGAUUGUCGAUGAUAGCCUUGAAGAAGAUGAACCAAUAGUUUCGAUAAUUUACGAGGAUAAUGAUGAAAGUGAUGACGAACAAGAAGAUGAUGCUAUGGAGACUGAUGAUGAAGACAGCGAUCAAAAUGAACCCUUAGACGGGCUGAUUGAAAGUGAAGACAGUGAGGGCAUGGAUGAUUGAUAUAAGAUACCCUGACGCCUUCGAUAAAGCUACAUCAGCAAUGUCAUAUAUGUGUUGUUUAUGCAGGAGGCACCCUAGGUUUCACUGGAGGCUCGCGAGCAACCUCUUGGUCUUUUGGCAGUGUCAGAUUUUGUCAGUUAGAGAGACGAGAGUUUUGGCGAGAAAAUUCGCUUUAGCGGGUUUGAUUUUGUAAUGCAUGACUGGACAGGGAAAGAUUAAGUAGGCCUUUUAUCUGCAGCAUCUGGCAAGCAAAAGUUUUGACACAAGUAUCGGAGAUGAGUUACAGACUACAAAAGGGGGACUUUUUUUCCGGGUUAAUUGCAUGGUUGGUCUCUAAAAUUACAAAAAACGUUUAAGUUUGGUCACUCGAAAUAUUUAAAUCCAUUAGUGCUACUUCAGUUUACUCAAA